AUGUUUGUAUCAUUUGUAUUCCGCAUUUUACAUAUUUUCUUCUGUCGACCAGUACAUCUUAGGUCACAGUUCCGAGAAGCCGCACACGAGGCUGCAGUGCUUUUGACUGCGAUCGAGAAAUGGUCCGGUUCCCGUCCAGGUGCGCUAAAGUGGCGCUUCCAAUCUGAUCUGUGCUAUUUGAUUGGAAUGUCAUUAGACGGUAUGAAACGAUAUAAAGCCGCCCUUGUUUUCUUUCAAAUGGAUGCCAGACUGGCUGAGCAUGCCAAUAUAAUGCUGGCCAAAAAACGAGCUUUGGACAAUAUAGGCCGUAUGUAUGCUGCAUUGGGCAAGUAUAAAGAAGCAUUGGCCUGUCAUAAUCCUAUACAUUUGACCGGUUGCUAUUUUAAAGAAAAUAUUCAAUUUCAAUUAACAGCACUCCUUGCCUGUCGAACUGUGACUAGCGGUCAAAAUAUACAAGCUAGUAUGAUAUGUUUGGAGGAGGCCUACAAUCUCGCGUUGCGCACAAACAGACAAUGCGUCAUCAACGCGGUUCUCGAAAUAAUGAGAACUAUUUACAACAUGUUGUCCGACGAUCAGGAUGACGAUAUACUUCCGAAAUGUUGGUCCUCGUCAUUGUUGGAUAUGCUGAAGCAAGAAACUAGCCGUCGAUCACAGUUCAAUAUGAAAAUCUUUCGCGAAUUGCUCCUACCUUGUUCAGGGGCGCAAAUGCCUUUUAGUGAAUAUCUGGUCUAG